UGCGAGUGAGUCAGAAGGGAUCAGAUUACAAGAUCACUGAAACUGAUGUCGGAUCCGCACACACACGCACACACACACACAUACACACACGCAGACGGAGCCAGAGGCGCGGGCUGCUCCCCGCGGGAGGCGGGCAGGGAUAAACCACCCCCCCACCCCAUCCCCCCAACCCCCGUCCCUGUGCCGUGUGCCCCGUCCCGGGACAUGCCCGGCGGGGGGCGAAGGAGCCGCGGCGGCCCCGGCCGCUCUCGCCCAUGGGCAGCGCGGGGGCUCGGCAGCAGCCGCAGGUAUUAGUAUAAGGAGAGCUGAAGUAAUGAGAAGUCAUCAUGGAGGCGCAGUCCCAUAGCUCUACCACGACGGAGAAGAAAAAAGUGGAGAAUUCCAUCGUGAAAUGCUCCAGUCGAACAGAUGUCAGUGAGAAGGCUGUUGCCUCCAGCACAACUUCCAAUGAGGAUGAAAGUCCUGGGCAGACCUAUCGCAGAGAGAGAAGGAACGCGAUCACAAUGCAGCCGCAGGGUGGGCAAGGCCUCGGCAAGAUCAGUGAAGAGCCUUCCACGUCGAGUGAAGAAAGAGCCUCAUUAAUCAAGAAGGAGAUCCAUGGAUCUAUAUCGCACCUUCCCGAACCUUCUGUACCUUACCGCGGGACACUCUUUACCAUGGACCCCCGAAACGGUUACAUGGACCCUCAUUACCAUCCGCCUCACCUCUUUCCAGCAUUCCACCCUCCUGUACCAAUUGAUGCGAGACAUCAUGAGGGACGCUACCAUUAUGAACCAUCUCCCAUUCCUCCUCUGCAUGUGCCUUCUGCCUUAUCUAGUAGCCCAACGUACUCAGAGCUUCCGUUCCUUAGAAUUUCCCCACACCGAAAUCCUGCUGCAACAUCAGAGUCCCCCUUCAGCACGCCUCACCCGUACAUUAACCCCUACAUGGACUACAUCAGGUCCCUGCACAGCAGUCCAUCCCUCUCCAUGAUCUCGGCAGCCCGUGGACUCAGCCCAACAGACGCUCCACAUGCUGGCGUCAGUCCAGCUGAAUAUUACCAUCAGAUGGCUCUGUUUGCAGGCCAGCGCAGCCCGUAUGCAGACAUCAUUCCUUCAGCGGCCACUGCUGGAGCCAGUGCUCUUCAUAUGGAAUAUCUUCAUGCCAUGGAUAGCGCCAGGUUUCCGAGUCCGAGGUUGUCAGCUAGACCAAGCCGAAAGCGUACGUUAUCCAUAUCCCCCCUAUCUGAUCACAGCUUUGACCUUCAGACCAUGAUACGGACAUCUCCAAAUUCCUUGGUCACAAUUCUCAAUAAUUCUCGUAGCAGUUCCUCAGCCAGUGGUUCUUAUGGCCACUUAUCUGCAAGUGCAAUAAGCCCUGCUCUGAGUUUCACAUACCCUCCUACACCAGUAUCCCUCCAGCAAAUGCAUCAGCAAAUUAUAAGUCGUCAGCAAACUCUAGGUUCAGCCUUUGGACACAGCCCUCCACUCAUCCAUCCUGCUCCAACUUUUCCUACCCAGAGACCUAUCCCUGGCAUCCCCAGUGUCCUGAACCCUGUCCAGGUCAGCUCUGGACCUUCUGAGUCCACACAGCAGAAUAAACCCACAAGCGAAUCUGCAGUGAGCAGCACUGGAGAUCCCAUGCACAACAAGCGCUCCAAGAUAAAGCCCGAUGAGGACCUCCCCAGCCCAGGAGCAGGAAGUGUGCAGGAACAGCCAGAAGGAAUGACCCUGGUAAAAGAGGAAGGGGACAAAGAUGAAAGCAAACAGGAGCCUGAAGUGGUCUAUGAGACAAACUGCCACUGGGAAGGCUGUUCCCGGGAGUUUGACACACAGGAACAGCUAGUGCAUCAUAUAAACAAUGACCAUAUACAUGGUGAGAAGAAAGAGUUCGUGUGCCGAUGGCUGGACUGUUCCCGGGAGCAGAAACCAUUCAAAGCCCAGUAUAUGCUGGUGGUCCACAUGAGGAGACACACAGGGGAAAAGCCACACAAAUGCACUUUUGAAGGUUGUACAAAGGCCUACUCCAGACUAGAAAACUUGAAAACACAUUUGAGAUCUCACACUGGAGAAAAACCAUAUGUGUGUGAACAUGAAGGCUGCAACAAAGCUUUCUCCAAUGCAUCCGACAGGGCCAAGCACCAGAACAGGACUCAUUCCAAUGAGAAACCGUAUGUUUGCAAGAUACCGGGCUGCACAAAGCGCUACACAGACCCCAGUUCUCUCCGGAAACAUGUGAAGACUGUACAUGGCCCAGAGGCACAUGUCACCAAGAAGCAGCGGGGAGAUAUCCACCCGAGGCCUCCACCACCGAGAGACCCAGGCAGCCACUCUCAGACCCGAUCACCAGGCCAUCAGACUCAGGGUGCAAUUGGUGAGCAGAAGGACCUCAGCAACACUACCUCAAAGCGUGAAGAAUGCCUCCAAGUGAAAGCGGUCAAGUCAGAAAAACCAAUGACAUCUCAGCCAAGCCCUGGUGGUCAGUCUACAUGCAGCAGCGAACAGUCCCCCAUCAGCAACUAUUCCAACAAUGGGAUCGAGCUUACUCUGACUGGUGGUGGUAGUGUAGGAGACCUCAGUGUCAUCGAUGAAACCCCAAUCAUGGACUCUACCAUUUCCACAGCCACCACAGCACUUGGCCUACAGGCCAGGAGGAAUAUGACAGGGACCAAGUGGAUGGAGCAAGUCAAAUUAGAAAGGUUGAAACAAGUUAAUGGAAUGCUUCCAAGACUGAACCCCGUUCCACCUUCCAAAGCCCCGACCUUGCCGCCUCUCGUAGGAAAUGGUACCCAGUCAAACAGCAGCUGCAGCGUAGGAGGAUCCAUGACUAUUCUGCCAAACAGAAAUGAACUUUCAAGUACGGACAUCACUGUGUUGAACAUGCUGAACAGGAGGGACAGCAAUACUAGCACAAUCAGUUCAGCCUACUUGAGCAGCCGCAGGUCCUCUGGAAUCUCGCCUUGCUUCUCCAGCCGGAGGUCCAGCAAUGCCUCCCAGGCAGAGGGAAGACCUCAGAACGUGAGUGUUGCAGACUCCUAUGACCCCAUCUCAACAGAUGCCUCCCGGCGCUCCAGUGAAGCGAGCCAGUGUGAUGACCUGCCAAGUCUUCUCAGCCUCACUCCAGCCCAGCAAUACAGGCUGAAAGCUAAAUAUGCAGCAGCUACUGGUGGACCCCCACCAACUCCACUGCCUAAUAUGGAGAGGAUGAGCCUCAAAACAAGGAUGGCACUUUUGGGUGACUGCAGGGAGUCUGGAGUAUCUCCACUGCCCCCAGUGAAUGCCCCUCGAAGAUGUAGUGAUGGUGGGGCAAAUGGUUACAGCAGGAGGCAUAUUCUGCCUCAUGAUGCUCUAGGAAAUGGGACAAGAAGAGCCAGUGAUCCAGUAAGAAUGGCCUCUGACAACCUCUCUGUCCCUAGAGUCCAGCGUUUCAACAGUCUUAAUACCUUUAACCCUCCUGCACUGCCUCCAUCCAUGGAAAAGCGCAACCUUAUUCUUCAGAAUUAUACUCGUUCUGAGGGUGGCGUCUUCCAUGGCUUCAGCUCCCCCUGUCCUCCCAGCAUCAGCGAGAACAUUGCCCUGGAGGCUGCUACGAUGGAAGCGAGUGGCAGUCUGAAUGAUGAGGAUCUCCUGCCAGAUGAUGUGGUUCAGUAUCUGAAUUCCCAGAACCAGGGCAUGUAUGACCACUUGUUGAAUAAUGUCCUAGACAGCAACAAAAUGCAUCACAGCUCAGUGUUAGGAAAUAACAACCCCAGCAACUUUGACCAAGCCCCUCCACCAAGCAGUCAGCAGGCAGGUUCCGAGGCGAACAAGAGUGACUUGCCCAUUCAGUGGAAUGAAGUAAGCUCAGGAAGUUCUGACUUAUCUCCUUCAAAACUGAAAUGUGGUCAGCGCUCAGCAGUGCAGCAGACUCGGGCCUUUGGGCUCUAUAACGGUAUGAUGGCUCAGCAGCAAAACCUGGAGAGAAGCAAUGUGGCCCAGCACAACGGCUGUCACAAUCUAGUAGAGAACAAUGGUUCCUACAGUUUACAGCAAAACAUGGUUCUUGGCAGCGGAGCCCGUAAUUCUUUCAGCCUGCAGCCCAGUAAGCCUUACAGUGAAACCAUCAGCAGGCAAGCAGUGAUGUCUGGGGCAAUGGACAAUACCUGUGGCAUGGCAGUUCAAGGGCAAAAGCUGAGAAGCAGCAAUGUGCCAGUGAGUGGGAACCAGCAAAAUUUCAGCCAUCCCAUGGCCUCCAGCGAUCAAGCCACCAGUGUGGCAAAUGGGAUGCAGAACAGAAAUAUGAUGGAACAGGAAUAUUUGCAAAACCAGCCAGUCGGAGACAGCGUUCACUACCAGGAAGUCAAUCAAUCCGGUCAAAUGAUGCUAGGGCAGGUUAGUCCUACCUCACAAAACAGCCUGUAUCAAGGGCCACAGAGUUGUCCACCAAUGUCUCACACCAUUGGUAGCCAGCCUUCAAGUUUGGUGAUGGCCAAAAGUUACCAGCCUUGCUCUAAUUAUAGUGGCAACAGACGUCAAAAUGUGUUGAGAAACAACCUGGCACAACAGCAAGGACACGUAAGUGAUGGCAACCAGACAUACAGGGUAAACACUAUUAAGAUGGAAAUGCAAGGUCAAUCACAGCAGUUCUGCUCUAAUGUGCAGAAUUACUCUGGUCAGUUAUAUGACCAAACUACAGGCUUUAGCCACCAAGCUAUGAAAACAAGUUCUUUCUUUGGUUCGGAAGCUAACUGCCUGCUGCAGGGGACCGCAACUGCAAACUCUGCUGAACUUCUGUCCCCGGGGGCUAACCAAGUGUCGAGCACUGUUGACAGCAUUGACAGCAACAGCCUAGAGGGUGUGCAGAUUGAUUUCGAUGCUAUCAUAGAUGAUGGGGAUCACGUCAGCUUAAUUUCAGGAGCCCUGAGCCCGAGUAUCAUUCAGAAUCUCUCCCGCAAUUCCUCACGCCUCACCACUCCCCGAGCGUCUCUUACAUUCCCAGCUAUGCCCGUAAGCACAACUAACAUGGCUAUUGGGGACAUGAGCUCUUUGUUGACCUCACUUGCAGAAGAAAGCAAGUUUCUUGCUGUUAUGCAAUAGACAUUUAAAACAAAACAAAACAAAAAAACCUUAGGAGAUAACAGAUGAAAAAAAAAAAGACUCAUAUUUUUUAGUUGUGUAUGUAUUUUAGCAAUCUCAUCUCACCUAAAUGGGAUGCGUUUCAAGUAUAUUCCUUUUAUGGAAUAAGGACUCUGAAAACCCUAAAGUGUUCUAGGGAGAAACUGUCUUCCAUUUCAGUUUUGAAUCAGUAUUGCUACACCCAUUCCCCCCCUCUCUCUCCUCUCUCCCUUUUUGAAUGUCUGUAUGCUUCCUUUUUCUUCUUCUUCUUUUUUUUUUUUAAUUGUAAACCAAUGUAAACGUGUGAAGUGCAUGUUUUUGUUUUGUUUUGGGUUUUUUUAAAGAAAAUUCUGAUGAAAUGACUUUGCAAUUUUCUGUUACUCAAAAGAAAAUAGACCUUAUAAAACUGUUACAACUUUCCCCCCUGAACAUAUAGGCACAAAAUAACCGGACACAAUGUGAAGUGAGCAUACAGUCAUUAAAUCUUCUCUGGCUGCAGUGGAUACAUUGCACUGAGGUGGACAACCAGUUUACAAAUGCACUUCCACAGAACCUUAGGCUGUAGUUUCAAAGUCAUGGAGCACAAGAAAUUAGGAGGUUUAAACAAAUAAGAAAUGUAAAACCAUCUGCCCUUUGAUCCCUAGCAAAUGUUUAAGGUUUUUGUAAACACACAGAGAUAGCUGUCACUGCCUUCUUAAUGAUACUGGGAUUGUGUCAUGUUUAAUCCAUUUCAGAGGAAGGAAAGCACCAGAAAGCUAUUCUUAUUCCAACUCUUAUAUUUUGCAGUAUUUAAUGUUACCUCUUUCAGCCUUCUUUUUUUAAAUGACUGGAUAGUAAAAUUGUGAGUAUGUUUGGUGAUUUGAGUAGCCUAUAAUCCGUUCAUUGCAUACCACAUUUGUGGAGAGAUGAUCAGGGUCUUAUGGAGUAUUUCAUACAGUGAAAUAAUAAAAUUUCAGUAUUUCAUACUGGGGACUUUUCUUUUUUAAAUGCAAAUUGUUAAGAUUUAAUUUGCAGAGCCACUGGUUCGUUCUUGCAGUAACAAUUCCUUUGCCAUAAGAACUGUCUUCUGGACCCCUUUUAGCAAGUACAGCUCUGAUAAUCUUAAAUGUUUUUUUCCCAGUGUACCCAGGCUUUACAAAAUUCAAAAAUUUACACUGCCAUCAAAAAUGGCCAAGAAAUAAGCACAACAGCAAGUAUGUCUGGUAACUAAUCAAACCUCAAAAAGACCAACCCAACCUCUCUGCCGUGGUAUCACCAAUGAGCAUUUCAUUCCGUAGCAAAGCAGUGGGUCAAUGCCUAGGCUCAGUUAUACCAGCAAAAAUUGGAGCUAAUGCACUGUGUUUGUGAAGCUACUCACUGGUAGAGGUGAAUGGCAUUUGUUCCAUAAGCACUAGCUUUUCUACCUUGUUAUUUUGCUGUGUUGGGCUUCAUGUCUGCACCCCUGAAUACACAUUGCUACUGGGCAAACAGGUUGGGAUGGAGACCAAUUACAAGACCAGUAAGGUUUAAGUUUACCCACUCCUAGAAGCUGUGUUCGUCCAGCCCUCACAGGCUCCUCAGUUAAAUCCCGAUAGUAAAAUGCUGCUAUGGGUGUAAAUGGUGCAGGCACUUAGAGUCAUGGAUUUGACGUCUGUAAGUCAAUGAGAUGGGGGAGUAUGGUCAGUUUUGAAAUACAGAAAAACUUUAGCCCAGUCAAAAUUAGGAGCAGCACCAGAAAGUGAAGGUGGUUUCUACAGGCUAGAGGGCUGCAGCACUCUUUUUGGCUGUAUAAGAAGGUGAAAUACUAGCUGAUUCAGGACCUGGCAUUUGAGGAAUGUGUAGGAAUGCAGCCUCAGUGAAGCUGUAGGAUAGCACUGAUCUGUUAACAGCUGUUAGAAUCAGAGGAGGAAGCUGUAAAUCUGUAGGAAAACAUCAUGGGAGUCCAGUGCUGGGUCCAUAUUUGGGCUUAGCACAGCAUGUACCAAGUGAUUGCACUAUGAGCUGAAAAGUCAGAAAUCAAGACAAAUGUGAGUAUCCUACAGCUUUUAUCAUCAUCUAGGUCCUAUCUUCCUCCAUGUCUUUAGCAAGUGUUUCUUCCUUCCUCUGCCUCACACACACACAUUCCCUUGAGCUGCUCUUUGUCUUUUGUUGGUUCCCCUAGCUCCUUACCCACAACCAACUCUCACAGUUCUUCCACUGUGGUCCCUGUGCUGCAUGGGACACCAGCACAGCUCACCAUGGCAAAUGGCUGGUUUGCUCUUGCAGGGUGGCAAGCCUGCUCCCUUUUGCACUCUAGUCACCUAGAGGCCACCCUGUCAAGACCUGCUGACUGUACUCAGCCCUUGCCCUUGUCCUGCUGCCACAGUGAGGAGGGAUGCCUCUGCCCAGGCAGAUCACCAGGGAAGGAGGGAUGCUUCAGCAGCUGUGUUGUACAUUGCAGCGCUACAAUACAGCUCACACCCGUUCUGAGAAACAGCAGCAUAUGCAUGAGGAAAGGCUGUGCUGGAGACGUUUCAGAUGGUUCUUGGUAACCAAUCACUCGCUGUUUAUUAAGCCAUCAAUAACUUGUUUAUAAACAAUUUAAACAGGGAGACUUAUGACUAGCUUGGGAGUAGGUGGCUUGGGAGAGAAGCCUUUUAUUGUUAUAGAGCGAAUACAUUAAAAGAAAACCAACGAAAACUAUUUUUUUAAACACAGUUUUCCAGUUCAUAAUUGUAUUUGCUAGUCCAAUUGAAUCUGGGAAGCUAUUAACAGAUGUGAUCCAUCAGAGCUUAGAAGGAGCCAUUCAUAUUCCUUAAGGCUAAAAGGGACUGUUUGAGUAGCUAAUUUGCCUUCCUGGAUUUGACGAACCUUUGUCACUCACUUACCCCUGUCUUGGGCCAACAAUGUGUCUUGGCCAAAACCACAUACUCUGUUUUGAUUUGACGAAGUUGAAGAACAGAGACUCCACCACAUCCCCGGGGAGUUUGUACAAAUGGUUUAUCAUUUUCACCAUUAAGUGUAUGUGCCACAUGUCUAUUCAUGUGUCACUUUUCAGCUUUUAGUAUCUUCUUAUGCUUUCCUGGUUUAUGCUAAAAGCCUGUUUUGGUACCUCCGAGGGUAGCAAUACAUCAUAGCCCAGCUAUCUUGAGUUUUGGUUUUGUUAUGAUAGGAUAAACUGGGCUCUCUGAGCGUGUCAUUGUUAGACUGGACACCAGCUUUCAGUUGUUAACCUCCCUCUAAAUGUGUGGCAGUGUGCAGCAAGUCCCACCAACAUCACUCACAUGUUUACUGGCAUCCAGCUACACUUGCUCUUCCAGUUAGAGAGCCAAAACUUGCUUUUGUGUAACUGGCACAUCAGUUGCCAUCGCCAUAGCAGCUGGAAACCCACUGCUCACCCUAGAGUACUAGAAAAUGCAGAAAAUAUUGUGAAUUUCCUACUUUUAAAGCAUUGCGGCCUGAGUCUGACUCAUCUUUUCUUCUAAUGGCUCUGUGGGUGUCUUCUGGAUUCAUUACUGUUGGCCUUGGGCUCACCUGCCUGUGCACACAUAUUUCUCCCAUCGGUUUUACUUUCCACAAAGUAGGAUUUGCCAGCGAGAGUUCAUCCGUCAGGUACUCCUGGGUGUAAGAAAGGUGGUUUUGCAGAGAAGUCAGUGAGCUUCCAGAGGGGCUUUCCUGGCAAGUACAAAGGCCCCAUAUAUCCACAUGGCAGAUGAUGUUAUUCUCUCUUUGGAGAAUGGCCCCAAACGGUACGUGCAUUAAGGUGCUGACUGGCUCUGUCACUUCCAGUCAUUGCUUUUCCCUCACCUCUUGAUGUAAUGGCCAGUCGGCUCGCCCAUGCCUGCUGCACAAUGGCUCGUCCUUCUGAACAGCAGUGUUUAUGUUCUUGCAAUGUAUGUGCCUUAUUUUGUGUUGAUCCUGUAAAAGAGAGGGACCAAAAUGUGUUGCCAAAUUUUCCUGAUGAGGCUGUACUCGCCAUUCAGCUAAUAGCACAUACCACUGUUAAUAGUGUCUGAAACGUCUUGUAAACCUCUGGUAUUCACGUGUUAUUGUCCUUGGAUUGGUGGAAUGUCUCCUAUGGAACAGUUACUGUUGUCAGUCCUGCAGAUGUGUAAGAUAAAACUGUGUUCAUUUUUUCUUUUUUAUUUUUAGGUUUUUUUUAUAAAGCUUGUAAUCCUUUUUUUUUAAAAAAAGAAGAAAAUAUGUAAAUACAUUUACAUACGGUAGGAGUAGUGUUCAGCUGUAAUGGGCCUUAGUGGUCUUCAUUUGAUAAACCUGCAGUUAUGAUCUGAUGUUUCUCGAGCCUUAGGUUGAUCUGAAGGGUCUGUAGCACUGUGUACAUAUAAACUGUACUUCUGCUUUCAGAACCACUUAGCUCUUUUGUAACAAAGAAAACAAAUGUUUCUUACAAUGUCAAUAAAAACA